AUGCUCAGCCGGGGCCUCAAACUCCCCGCCCCGAUCCCCUCGGCCCAGCUCCCCAUCAGCUCGGCAGCCCCUCAGCCCCGCUCCUCUCCCCGCACCCGCAGCCCCCUCCGGCCCACCGCAGCGGCUCCACCUCCUCAGGCCGAGGAUCCGCGCUUGCUUCCCCGCAGAGGCUCAGCCUCGCAGCCGCACGCCUCCCGCGCCUCCGCUCUGCAAGCCACUGACCCGCGCCGGCCGCUGGACCCGCGCGUUCCCUCUUCCGCUGCCGGCGCAGAGAUUGGAGUUGUGCCUCCGCCGGCCCCGCCCCUCCCGGAAAUGGCCUUGGGGUACCCACCCGCCCUAGGGAGCCCCGGGCGUGCGCGGCCACGCGGCUACCGGGCGCGCGCACGUCCCCGACGCUGCGCGGAGCUGGUCCCCCACCCCCCACCCCAGCCCGCACUCCGCCCUACGGCGCGUGCGCGCCGCCUGCUGGCCGGUCCAAAGCCAGAGCCUGAGAAGAAGCCAGAGCACUUUUUAAGGAGCCACGGGGAUGCUGGAUUCCAGAAAGAGCCUAAGGUCCCAGGCAUCGUGGAUUUUGAGUUGAUCCAAGAGGAGCUGAAGAUCCCUAAGCCCCAAACACCCAGUGCCUAUCGCUUUGGACGUCUCAGCCACCAUUCCUUCUUCUCUCGACACCACCCCCAACCACAGCGUGUGACGCACAUCCCAGAUUUCAACGGGAAGCCUGUCUGCGUGGUCAGGGACGAGUUCUCUUUGGCACCCUUGACUCAGUCUGCGCUCUUAUCCGGUUGUCUGAUGGGGAUGCCCACCAUCUCUGACCCCAUUGGGGACCCACAGUCCAAUAGGAACCCCCAGCUUUCUUCUGGCACCUGGCAGAAGAUUCUCAAGGACCUAACUUCACGAGCGUUUACGAAGGAUAUCGAGUCAAUGACCAACGAGCAGAAGGAAGAACCUCCUCUGAGGGAGCAGGGGGCAAAGUACUCAGCUGAGACCGGCCGGCUUAUUCCAGCUUCCAGCCAAGCCCUCAGCCGCCGUGGCCACCAGGGGCAGAGGGGCCACUCUUCUGGCAGAGAUGGAGGAGUCCAAGCCUCCAUUCUGCAGGAUCAGGACCUGCUGAUCUUGGAACUUCUUUGUCAGAUUCUACAAACAGAUUCCCUACACGCUAUCCAGUUCUGGCUGCUCUAUGCUCCACCAAAGGAGAAAGACCUGGCACUGGGACUUCUGCAGACAGCUGUGGCUCAGUUAAUCCCCCAGCCCCUCCCCUCCCUCCCAGAAGAGACUCUCUUGAGUCAACUCCAAGAGCUUCAAGAACCUCAAGAGACACAACAGACAACCUACAGUCCAUCCCUGAAGAAGACGAAGACACCACCUUUAUCCAAGACAGAAAAACCAGAGUUCAUGGGCAAAGCCCAAGUCCUCCGCAUGCAUUCCGAGGAGGACUCAGAGGAGAAAACGACCAAGAUGAAGGCUGAGAGCUGA